GGCAGACCGCGAUCCACGAUAUUCGAUCUUCACCCAUGGCAACUGCCGGAUCGACUCUUGUGGCAUUCGCUGCAAGCAGCUCGGAUGAUGACACCGCACGGCACCCACGGCACGACGCCGCACGGCACCUGCAGCAGCUUCCGGUGCUUCUGCGGGACAGACCACGAGACAAAUGGGCCUCGCAGAGUGUUUGCAGCUCCCACAACCAACUCCACAGCAGCAGAGGUCGAAGCAGAGGAGGGACGAAAAACGGCGUCAAGAGGCCCUUGAAGGCUGGGCUAAUCCCACGGCGUCAGAGAGGGCGGCCCACAUCGACCAGAGACGAGUCAUCAUGAGCCACGAAGAGGAGAGGGACAAGAGGCAGCGGGAGUUGGAAGAGGAGGGCGAGGAGGACGAGGAUGACGAGGAGGAGGAGGAUUCAGAGAAGCGGCGGCAGAGGGGCAGGGAGAGGGCAGAACGUGAAGACGUCAGGAAGAGGAAGAGGCGCGGUCCGAAGCAUGGUCAUCAUCAGACCGCGAACCGCUGCGGCAGUGUGAGCGCCGUCAAUCGCACCAAGGACUUUCCUCACCAGUCGCUGAUCGUAGAGGGCGGCAAGAUCUUUUGCGAGGCCUGCGGCCGGAAGCCAAUGUCCAAGAUCAAGAGCACCCUCAAAAAUCAUGUCACCGGCACCAGGCACACAGCAGCCCUCGUCAAGCACAGGAAGUCGAAGAAAAUGCAUCAGGCCUCCAUGAACUUACUCCGGGAACAUUUCGCCUCGGUGGGAGGCGCCUAUGGAUGCACCCUCACCCCGAAAGAAGUCACGCGGCAAAUCCUGUUCACGAAGGGGUGCCUCUCAGCUGGUGUACCUUUGAACGCCCUGAACAACCCCACCAUGAAGGACGCUCUUCACUACACCGGCGUGAAGCUGCCGUCAGCGAAUCACCUUGCGAACCACAUCCCGGCCAUCUUGAAAGAAGAGAUAAUACUGGAAGAACUUGGCGACGGCAACUACACGGUGUGCUUCGACGGAACCCCAUAUCGCUGCGAGUGUUUCGGCAUCGGUAUUCGGUUCAUCGACCAGACGGGACAGAUAUGUCCACGCCUCCUUUGGCUGAGCAUGCUGGCCAACAGCAUGGACUACCAGGACAUCUACGGCGAAAUCCACAAGGUCGUGUUCAUGGAGUACAAGCUGAAGCCCGAGCGCUGCCGUGGCUUCCUGUUGGACGGAUGCUCCCCCAACUUGAAAGCCCUCCUGGCACUGGUGACAUACUGCCGGUUCGCUGUGGGCGUACGCUGCAUGUCCCACCUCAUCAACAACACCGGCAACCAGAUUGACAGCGGCCAGAUCGACAAGUUCGCCGGCGCCCUCCACACGGUCCUCUCACACAGCCACAACGCUAAGGACCAGUGGCGGAAGGCGACGAACACGACGCCCCCGAAAGCCCCCAGCCACCGUUGGGGUUCGACCUACGAGACGAACAACCAGUUGGUGACGAGCUGGCAGCCGACCAAGGACUUCAUCGACGCCUUCAGCAGCAGCGACGAGACCAAGUGACGAAAGGCCGACUUCUGCCGGGGUGAGCUUGCCAGGCUCCGGAAGGACAGGUACCACCAAGAGUUCUGGCUGCAGCUUGAGUUCGCGGCCGCUGCGGACAUCGGGAAGCACCUCGUGAACGGGUUCGUAUGUGCUCGAAGGAGAUGGCAUCCUGCUUCCUGUGGCGUAUGAAGUCAUCCUCAGGGUGCGGACGGGACUUGCCCUCACGCGAAAGGCGGACGGCUCCUUUGGCAGGCCGCAUCUCCCGAAUGUCGAUGCGCUCAUCCGAGAGUACAGCAAGGGUGACGCCGUGAUUAUCUCCACGUUCGAGAAACACGUGCGCAAAGACAUGCUCCUCGUGCAGACGUACACCUGGGAGAGGAUCGGGGACCAUCCCAAUGCGGAGCAACGCGAGAGUAUCGCCCUCUUCCAGGCUGCGCGGCUCUUCGACUUCCGCUAUGUGAAGCAGCAUCAGUUGAAUGUUGCUGACAUCGACCUCCUCGAUCGCUUCCCCUUCGUUUCGGAAGAUGUCGUCGCGAGACUAAAAGAUCAGAUGGUUGACUAUAAUAUCGCUGCCUCUGAAGUUGACACCGGCUACGACUUGUGGGCAUUCUGGCAUGACAAUAGGCACAAAAGAAACCUUUCUCAAUGGUAUCAAGUUGCGAAAGAUAUCGCUUUGCUCCAACCGUCCUCUGCCUUCAUGGAACGUGUUUUUUCAAUCCUGCGUGCUUGUAUGGAUGCAAGGCACGAGAAUAGUUUUAGCGACCGCGUGACUGCAUCCGCACUUCUUAAGUACAACAGAGGCCGGGCAAAUAGGGCGUGCUGGGAGCUGGGGAGUGGUGUAGCCAUGAUUGUGGCCGGUGUUCUCGUGGUGUCCGUUCGUCUGUGUGUUGCUUCUUGAGUGGUACACUUGUUGUUUCGUGCGAAGGAAUCAGAGGAGCACAGAGCACAGAACACAAAAUCAGAGUCAAC